CAUUUAAAUACAGUUCUCAUAGAUACACCAACUGAAACUUUAGUCAAAGAAGUUGACAGAUCUAUAAGUGUUACUUAUUUGUUAAUUUUUGUGAUAAUUUUUAAAAGAUCAUGGAUUGCGAUCGAAAUGAAAUUAAAAUACAUAAAACGCCGAUACAAAAAUUUUACGCCGGACAGUCAAUUCUCAUUACAGGUAGUACCGGAUUCCUCGGAAAGAUGUUAAUUGAAAAAUUGUUACGGAGUUGUCCCGAUAUUUCUACAAUAUAUCUAUUGAUACGUUCGAAAAAAGACGAGAGCCCUAAAAACCGUCUAAAUGAUAUAUUUGAAAAACCGUUAUACAACCGAUUAAAAGAAGAAAUGCCCAAUUUUCGCAAAAAAGUUGUACCGAUUAUAGGCGAUCUUAAUGUCGAAAAUUUAGGACUCUCCGAAAAUGAUAAAAAUAUGUUGAUGCGUGAGGUGUCUAUAGUUUUUCAUUUGGCGGCGACUGUACGUUUCGAUGAGAAAAUAAAAACUUCUGCGAUGAUAAACAUUAUUGCUACCAACGUCAUUCUAAACAUCGCUAAACAGAUGCUAAACUUAAAGUCAUUUAUUCACGUGUCGACCUUGUAUGCAAAUUGCCACAUGAAACAUAUCAAGGAAUGUUUUUACAUGUAUCCCAUUGAUCAUAAGGAUCUUAUCGCACUCACACGUACUUUAUCCGAAAACGAAAUCGAGGAAAAGUUAGCUAAAAUCGCUUCAUUUUGGCCAAAUACAUAUACAUUUACAAAAGCCAUUGCGGAAAAACUUCUUAAAGAUGAAGGUGGAGAUUUACCAAUCAGAAUAUUUCGACCUGCAAUAGUCACAUCUAGCGCUAGGGAACCGAUCGUUGGAUGGAGCGAAAACUUGUAUGGACCAAUGGGAAGUACACUAUCUGUUUUACUCGGUUUCUCGAGAUUUCAAUGGUGCGAUCCUAAUAAUCAAGCGAAUUUAGUGCCUGUUGAUUUUACUGUAAACGCUUUAAUUGUUAGUGCAUGGGAUGUUUCUAAUCAAUGCAGGAAAGGCGAAGAUAUGUUAAUUUACAAUUAUAAAUCGGCGUUUAAUUCGCCAACAUGGAGCGAGUACAUCAAUAAAAUACUCUGCGAAAAUCAGAAAUUCCCCUUGAAAGAUUCCAUAUGGUUACCAUUCAUUUUUUUAAUACCACGAGAGAUACCAUAUAAAAUUUGCAUUUGGCUUUGUCAUUUGCUUCCAGCUUUUCUCAUAGACGGUAUAAGAAUAUGCAUGGGCCGUCAAUCGAGAAUGUGGAAAUUGUAUGGUAAAAUCCAUAAAGCUUGCAAAUCUGUUGCAUAUUUUUCGACCAAUACAUGGACUUAUGACGAUGAUAAUGUUCAAACGAUGUGGAACCGCUUGAAUGAAGAAGAUCAGCAAUUAUUUCACUUUAACAUGAAAGCACUUGACUGGUCAAAAUAUCUCACUGAUUUUCACAAAGGUAUACGUCUUUAUUUAUUAAAUGAAGAUGAUAGUAAUUUGGAAAUCAGUCGCAUCAAUUAUAGAAGGCUUUAUUGGAUGCACCAAAUAUUUAAAACUACGUUUAUUUUUGUCACUCUGUGGAUUAUCAGGACCAUAUUCAUCAAAAUAUUUGCAUAAAUGUUACAUAUUUCUCUAAUAUGCUUUAAUUUAUUAAUACUAUAUUAGUAAGUAUACUUUUAUAGUAUAUGCAUAGUAUAGUGAAUUUUAUUUUAACAUACCAAGUAUAUAAGUAAGUAUUAUUUAAUAUGCAUGUCGAAAAGUUUAGAUUUUUUGUCUAUAUACCAACUUAUUUUCAUAUAUUUACUUUAAACAUAAAUAGUUAAGGCAAGAGUUAUCUUUUCAAAUAAAUAUAUCUUGCGAUAAGACUAUUUUUCUUAAUUAUACACAUUUUUCUUUUAAUUCCUUGAUUAUUUUGUGAAAAUUACAGAAAAAAGACGAUAUGAACAAAACAGAGUAUUUUAUUUUGCGUUUUACAUUUGUUUUAUUUGUAUGUAUCAUAUUGUCAUUAUAGUAAUAGAUGUAUAAAAAAUGUAAUCAUCUUUCAUAUAUUUUACAAAAUUGUUUUUGUUAGCGAACAUAUUCGCAAAAAGACUUGCAUUUGAUGUGGGAAACUUUAGAAAAGUGUAAGCGAGAUAGUAGCAAGCGUUUGAUAAAUUAAUAACUAUUAUAUAUAUUAGAAGCGCGAUAAUAUAAUGAAGGCGUAAGAAAUAUUAUCAAUUAGAUAAUGUUACAGAAAUAAAUCAAAAUGUAAAAAAUGUUUUGGGUAUAGCGGA